AAUACAAACUAAAUUUCACUGAUAAAUGGGAAAACACAUAUUGUCUAAUUUGCGAUCUACAUGACAAAAUUGUGUUUCUCUUCAAAAACUUGAUUUCUUUGCUUUCGAUUAUUGUAAUUUUCCAAAAUGUGCAAUCUACUAGAUUAAAUUAUUUAAGGUGAGCCAAUCAAGUACUCGAAAAUGAUUUUUGCUGAAACUGUAAUUCCCAGCAUGCUUUGCUUGGGACUUAAUGAGGAGAGUAAAAAUGUUGAAAUUAAGUGUUGUUUUAUGUGUUUUUGAGCAAAAUGAGAAAAAGGGCAGACUUGAUAGAGUUUAAUAGAGUUUAAUUUGCUUAGGCUGUGGUCUGAUACAUUACCGCUUUUCAUUACUUAGCAUUUAGCAUGCUAAUAUGUGCUGUUGUUGUUGCUAGCUAAUAGUUUAAUAGCUAGAUAACACAAUCUUAUAAUUCAGCCAUGUGACACAAAAUAUAAGAAAUUGAAUCAAUCCUGUUAGGAAACUAUAUUAAAACCCUGUUAGGGAACCAUACUAAUAUAAUCUUAAAAUUCAGUCAUGUGACACAAAUUAAAAUAAAUUUUUUUGGGGGUUAUUUAAAAUUACUUAAUUCCAUAAUGUUGAAAUUAUGUAAACAAGUUUAUGUAAAUCCAACACACCUUUUUUCUGUGUGACAUGUUUAAAAAUGACAAAAACAUUAUGAAAACUUUAACCAAAAUAAAAACAAAAUAUAAAAAUAAAAACAUUCUCAAAUAUCUCAACGAUAUGAUAAUAGUACUACUUUUUCACUGAUAAUCUAAUGUGUAAUGAAGAAGGUUCAUUCUGCGGUAGCGUUCAGUAGAUGGUAUGCUCCUCUGGUGUUGUUUUGGUUGCUCCUGAGGCAGAUGGGCUCUACACUGAAUCCUAUUAUCAACUUCUCCGGACUAAACUAGCUUUCAUAAUCAGCCACACUGAUGCCCUCAGCGCACACUCAUAUACACUCACAUGACCGCUUCAUCUGCUCUCUUGCCUGGACUUUUACUCGUGAACCGAUGUCAUCUCAAUAACCAUGUCUGCAGAGAAGAAGACAAAAAAGAAGAAGCCGGAGGCAAAUUCUGGAAAGGCCAAUGGAGCCGAAGACAAACCGAAAAAGAGCAAAGCUAAAAAGACUGAAGAGUUGUCAGGCGAUGAGGAGAGUACGCCUUCAAAGACAGAGAGAAAAACCGUAAAGAAAAAGAAAACCGAGAAGGACAAAGAAGACGUAACAGAGAAGAGUGCAAAAAAGAAGCCCAAGAGUACUCCUAAGAAGAAGAAAGAUUCUGAUGAUGAAGAUGAUGAGGAUGAUGAAGAGGAGACCUCACAGAAGAAGACAAAGAAGAAAACCACCAAAGAAAGCUCCCUUGCUGACACCAAAGAAAAGAAAUCAAAGGCCAAAGAGAAUAAAGGUGAAUCAGAAAGCAAAGGAAAGACAUCUAAGGCAAAAAAGGAGCCAGCUUCUAUGUUUCAGAUAAAUGGAGAUAAACCAGAUUUUAUCGCAAAAAAGAAAGCCACUAAGUCCGACAGCGAUGAGAGUGAGCCAGAGACUAAGCCCAGCAAGAGCAAAAAGAAAUCCACUGCCAACUCCACCUCCAUGUUUCAAGCUGGAGGAGACAAAGACAAGAAAAAAGACAAGAGUAAUAAGGACAAAGAGAAGAAUAACAAGAAAAAGAACGUUGCUAAAUCUGAUGAAAGUGAUGAUGAGGAAACAGAAGUGCCCAAAAAGAAGAAAGGCAAAGGAAGGAAACAUAAAAAGGAGGAGGAGAGGCCUCCAUCACCAGAGAUUGAGUUUGAUGACCUUGAGGAGUUUGUUCUUCAGCCUGCGCCACAGGGAACCACCAUCAAGUGUAAAGUGACACGCGAUAAGCGCGGCAUGGACAGAGGCUUCUACCCCACCUAUUACCUCCAUUUAGACAAUGAGAAGAAGGUCUUCCUACUGGCUGGUCGAAAAAGAAAAAAGAGUGCAACGUCAAAUUAUUUGAUAUCCAUAGAUGCCACUGACCUGUCACGGGGUGGAGAUAAUUUUAUCGGAAAGCUGAGGUCUAAUCUCAUGGGUACCAAGUUCACAGUGUUUGACAAUGGUCUCAACCCUGACCGUGCCCUCAGGGACAUGUCUAAUGCCCGGCAAGAACUAGCGGCUAUCAUUUACGAGACAAAUGUGUUGGGGUUUAAAGGGCCCAGAAAAAUGACUGUGAUCAUCCCAGGCAUGGAUGACGACAACGAACGAGUGCCGAUAUGUCCACGAACAGAAAACGACAGUAUACUUGUGCGCUACCAGAACAGACAGAUGGACAACCUGAUUGAACUCCACAACAAAACUCCAGUUUGGAAUGAUGACACUGCUUCCUAUGUCCUCAACUUCUCUGGACGGGUCACACAAGCCUCUGUCAAGAACUUCCAGAUCGUCCACAGCAAAGACAAUAGCUACAUCGUGAUGCAGUUUGGAAGGGUGGCAGAUGAUAUGUUCACUCUGGACUAUAAUUACCCCAUGUGUGCAGUACAAGCCUUUGCUAUCGCUCUGUCCAGCUUUGAUGGCAAAUUGGCCUGCGAAUGAACACAAGGCACAAAAUUUUAUGACCAGGAGUCGCAUCUUUGUAAUCAACACAAUAAGUUCAUCAUCAGGAUGCAAGAUGAAGAAAGAUGUGCUAUCUGAUAACGUGGGACAUUUUUAUGAUUUUCACUGUGCCUGAAUGCGACUGGGAUACAUUUAACUUUACCUAGAAACAGAACAGGAACUGACAGUCAAAGCUAGGCAUUACACACACAUGUGCUGCAUGGAUGCAUGGGAUGAAUGCAGGCUACAUAAAAUGACUGAAAGACUAUUUGAUUAUACUUUGUGUUGUACUGAGAUUUAUGAAUGUGUGGACUUUUUUAUAUCAAAAGUAAAUGAUGAAUGCAAUAUAUGUUUUUUACCUCAAACACCUGAGGUGCAAAACAUAUGAAAACAUAAGUCAUUUUUGUUGUUUCAAAAUUUGAUUAGAAUACGUUUACUGAAUUACAGUAUCAUAUUGGGUUUUUUUUUUUUCUUUUUUUGGUUAUACUAAUUCUGUCAAAAUGUGUAUGCCUUUAUAUAUAUAUAUAUA